UGGAAGGGGAUGAUGAAGAUGAAUUGCAAGAGUUAGGUAGCAGAAAAACGUCCCGUACUCUUGGCCCUAUCGAUAAGUUUGCAAGCUCCAUCAGCCCUGAAACUUGUUUGAGUGCGAGAAUGAGCCAAAGGCAACAAACUAUUAGUGAAGCACUAUUUAAAGAGAGAACACAGUCUGUUCGUGAAUAUUGUGCUAGAUGGGUGUAUGAAGCUGGUAUACCUUUCAAUGCGAUUGACAAUGAUAGCUUCAAAUUGUUUGUUGAGGCGGUUGGUCAAUUUGGGCCGGGCUUCAAACCUCCCAGUCAAUACCAAUUGAAGGAACUACUAUUAAAGGGAGAAGUUGACAAAAUAAAAGAGUUAUUGAAGAAGCAUGAAGAAGAGUGGGCACGAACUGGGUGCUCCAUUAUGACAGAUGCUUGGACAGAUAGAAAAAGGAGGAGCAUCAUGAACCUAUGUGUUAAUUCUAAUGCAGGUACUGCUUUCCUUUCUUCUAGAGAGUCUUCAGAUGAAGCACAUACAAGUGAACUUAUCUUUGAGUAUGUGGAUAAAUGCAUUGAGCAAGUUGGGCCACAAAACGUCAUCCAAGUAGUAACCGACAAUGCUGCCAAUAAUAUGAGAGCGACAAAAUUAUUGAAGGUGAAGAGGCCAAAUAUCUUUUGGACCUCAUGUGCUACUCACACCAUCAAUUUGAUGCUUGAAAGUAUUGGAAAACUGUCGAAGUAUAAGAAAGUCAUUGAUCAGGCCAAGAGUUUCACAAUCUUCAUUUAUGCACACCAUAAGACCUUGUCCUUAAUGAGGUCAUUUACGAAGAAGAGGGAUAUAGUGAGACCAAGAGUCACUAGAUUCGUUUCUGCUUUCUUGACUUUACAGAGUUUGAUGGAGAAAAAGGCCCAACUGAGGACAAUGUUUACCAGCUCUGAAUGGGAGGAGUGCAAAUGGUCAAAGAUUGUUAAAGGGAAAGCAGCCUAUGCUACUGUGAUGAGCAUUGCUUUUUGGAAUGGUGUGACUAUAUGCCUUAAAGUUUUUGCACCUUUGGUGAAGGUGCUUCGAAUUGUUGAUGCGGAUAGAAAGCCUUCUAUGGGCUUUUUAUGUGGAGAGAUUAAGCAAGCAAAGGAAGAUAUUAAGGAGGCCUUAAAUAAUCUUGAAAAGAACUAUAAGCCUAUUAUGGAAAUUAUUGAAGCAAGGGUAAAAGAUAGGCUAGAUAGUCCACUACAUUUUGCAGCUUACCUUUUGAAUCCCUACUACUUUUUCAAGGAUAUGGAUAUACAACUUGAUAAUGAAGUAAUGGAUGGGCUUUUUAACUGUGUGGAGAUGUUUUAUCAUUAUGAUGGUGAAUUGCAAGGCCAUGUUAUAAAUGUUGAGUUGCCAAAGUAUACUCGUAAAGAUGGAGCUUUUGGAAAAUCGUGGGCAACUCAAGGGUGUGCGAAAAAUGAUGACAAUUAUAAUCCAGUUACAUGGUGGAUGACUUAUGGAAAUCAAACUCCAAACUUGCAACGAAUGGCAAGAAAGAUUCUCUCGUUAACCACUAGUUCAUCCGGUUGUGAAAGAAAUUGGAGCACUUUUGAAGGGGUUAGUGUAUAUAUGAAUUAUAUUUAUUUACUAUCAAUUAGUUAUCCUUAUUCAGUUAUCAUUUAUAUUGAUAUUGCUUUUAUUUUAUUUAUGUAGAUACAUACGAAGAAAAGAAAUAGACGACGUGAAUCGAUUGAACAAUCUAGUCUAUGUUCAAUUUAAUGCGAAAUUGAUGAACAAGCACAAAAGGGAGAAGGAAAGGAAUGUUGAUGUGCUACUUGCUAGUGAUGCUAGUAAUGCACAAGGAUGGAUCGUUGAUGGAGAAGAUGAUGAAGAAGUUGAGCCUGGUACGGGGCUCACUUGGGAAGUGGUUGGUGA